GGGCUACCCUGGGCCAUGGCUGACGGGACAGCAGAGCCGGGGGCCGAACUGCGGGACGUGACGGCGUUCCGAGACUCCAGCGCGCCGCGGCCCUACGGCUACGGACCGGGCAGCCUGCAGGAGCUGCGGGCACGUGAGUUCAGCCGCCUGGCAGGAACUGUCUACCUUGAUCAUGCAGGAGCCACCUUGUUCCCCAAGAGCCAGCUUGAAAACUUCACUCGUGAUCUGAUGGAAAAUGUUUAUGGUAAUCCUCACAGCCAGAACAUCAGCAGCAAGCUCACCCAUGACACUGUGGAGCAGGUGCGCUACAGGAUCCUGGCACACUUCCACACUACCGCCGAGGACUACAGCGUGAUUUUCACUGCCGGGAGCACGGCUGCUCUCAAACUGGUGGCAGAGGCCUUUCCGUGGGUGUCCCCGGGCCCCAACAGCAGCGGGAGCAGGUUCUGUUACCUCACCGACAGCCACACCUCCGUGGUGGGCAUGAGGAAGGUGACCGCGGCCAGGAACGUCACGUCCACCUCGGUCAGGCCGGAGGACCUGUGGUCGGCAGAGGACCAGGGUGCUGCGGAGAAUGACGCCGACUGCCAGCUGCCACACCUCUUCUGUUACCCGGCUCAGAGUAACUUUUCUGGAACCAGGUACCCUCUGUCCUGGAUAGCAGACGUCCAGGCCGGGCGGAGGCGCCCCGAGAGCUUGCCGGGGAAGUGGUUCGUGUUGCUCGAUGCGGCCGCCUACGUGAGCACCUCGCCGCUAAACCUGUCGGCACACCCGGCUGACUUUGUCCCCAUCUCCUUCUAUAAGAUCUUUGGAUUCCCCACGGGCCUGGGCGCUCUGCUGGUCAAUAAUCGCGUGGCGCCUCUGCUGAGGAAGACCUACUUUGGGGGAGGCUCGGCCGCUGCCUACCUCGCCGGGGAAGACUUUUAUGUCCCAAGGCCGUCGGUGGCUGAAAGGUUUGAAGAUGGCACCAUCUCGUUCCUUGAUGUGAUUGCAGUGAAACAUGGAUUUGAUGCCCUAGAGCGCCUCACAGGUGGGAUGGAGAAUAUAAAGCAACACACCUUUGCCUUGGCUCAGUACACCUACGCUGCCCUGGCCUCUCUCCGGUACCCCAAUGGAGCCCCCGUGGUGCGGAUUUACAGCGAUUCAGAAUUCAGCAGCCCUGAGGUUCAGGGUCCAAUCAUCAAUUUUAAUGUGCUGGACGACAUUGGGAAUGUCAUUGGUUACUCCCAGGUGGACAAGAUGGCCAGUCUUUACAACAUCCAUUUGCGAACAGGCUGCUUCUGUAACACUGGGGCCUGCCAGAGGCACCUGGGAAUAAGCAAUGUGAUGGUCAGGAAGCAUGUUCAGGCUGGUCAUGUCUGUGGAGACGAUAUUGACCUUAUAGACGGGCAGCCGACUGGCUCAGUGAGGAUUUCGUUUGGCUACAUGUCUACACUGGAGGAUGCCCAGGCCUUUCUCAGGUUCAUCAUAGGCACCCGCCUGUGCUCGGCAGGUGGCCACCCUGUCCCUCAGGCCUCUGCUCCCGGGAAGGGCGAGUGUGGCUGUAGCCCUUCCUCACAGGAAGGUGCCCCCACAGACUCCAGGGUCGGGACCGACUUGUCCUCUGCCAUCAGUGCCAUGGCUUUGCCCUCAUCUUUGUGUGCGGCCCCCGGAGCUCAGCAGACACCUUUACAGAAAGCCACAGGGGUCCUUGAUGGGGACCUGGGGCCGCACGUUGUCACCAACAUUUAUCUCUACCCAAUCAAAUCCUGCGCUGCGUUUGAGGUGACCAGGUGGCCUGUAGGAAACCAAGGGCUGCUGUACGACCGGAGCUGGAUGGUUGUGAAUCACAACGGCGCUUGCCUGACUCAGAAGCAGGAGCCGCGGCUCUGUCUGAUCCAGCCUUUCAUUGACCUACAGCAAAAGAUCAUGGUCAUCAAAGCUCAAGGGAUGGAGCCUAUAGAGGUGCCUCUUGAAGAAAACAGUGAACAGGCUCGAAUUUGCCAAAGCAAGGUCUGUGCUGACAGGGUAGAUACUUAUGAUUGUGGAGAAAAAAUUUCGAGCUGGUUGUCAAAGUUUUUCGGCCGUCCGUGUCACUUGAUCAAACAAAGUUCAAACUCUCAAAGAAGUGCAAAGAAGAAACAUGGAAAAGGUAUUACAUUUUGGAUUGGUCCUUGUGACCAGAAUGGAAAGGGGGAAUUAUUCCCAGUGAAAGAUCUCAUCUUGCGUUUUCGUGCCAAUAUUAUUACCAAUGGAAUGAAGGCUUUUGAAGAAGAGAAAUGGGACGAGAUUUCAAUUGGUUCCUUGCGUUUCCAGGUUAUGGGGCCUUGUCACAGAUGUCAGAUGAUUUGCAUUGAUCAGCAAACUAGCCAGCGGAACCAAGAUGUCUUUCAAACACUUUCUGAGAGUCGCAAGAGAAAGGUGAACUUUGGCGUGUACCUGACGCAUGUGUCUUUGGAUUCGUCUUCUCCAUGUUUCCUAUCUGUGGGAUCUCGGGUGCUCCCUGUGUUGAAAGAGAACCUGGAAUGCCAUAACAUACCUGCUUCCGAGAAACACCAAGAUGUUAUCUCUUAACAUUUUUUCCUAGCAUGCAUUAAAGUUUUCUUGUACAUUUA